UUAAAAGUGCAACCGUCCAUUACAUCGGGUGAACAUGUAGAGAUGGAUUUUAUGAAGCUGUUUGGCACCGUUAUCGCCGUUUUCUUCCACCCUGGAUCCACCGCGUCCAAAAUAAAUGGCCAGAUUUGGCAGAUUUGUCGGCGCGGGACGGAGCGUCCCUGCUACAAGGUGUCCUACAUCCAGGACAGCAGGCGGAGGCUGACCUUUGAGGAUGCCAGGCAGGUCUGCAGGGCGGACGGAGGCGAGCUGCUCAGCAUUGAGACGGAAAGCGAGCAACGACUAAUAGAGAGGUUCAUACAGCAGCUGCAGGCUGGAGAUGGAGACUUCUGGAUAGGGCUUCGCCGCAACCCACAGCGUUACAGAGCAGGGACAACAAACCCAGGCUGCCCCUCGCAGUACUAUUGGCUGGAUGGAAGCAAGGCCAAGUUCAGGAAUUGGCACUGGGAUGAGCCAUCCUGUGGUGGUGAAAUGUGUGUGGUUUUGUACCACCAGCCCUCUGCACCACCUGACGAAGAAGGCCAUUUCCUGUUCCAGUGGAACGAUGACAACUGCAGCUCCAAGAACAACUUUGUCUGCAAAUACCCAGAAGAAGAAGUACCAGUGCUUACCAAGGACAGUGACACAGCACAUGCAGUUCCAUCUCUGAGGCCAAACGUAUUGUCAACUACAGAAAGUGAUGACAGGAUAAAAAUAGGACAUCCUGAGUCAUCGGUAUCUUUUACAGACAAUACCCUCUAUGUUUCCUACAUCCUUUAUGCAACUAUUCCUGCUCUGCUGCUGCUGAUAUUUGCAGCUGCUGGUUUCUUCUGCUACAAACAGCAAGCUAAGAGGAGGAAGACAAAAACAGGAAGCUAUCCCAGCAGAUCAAAACAGUGGACGUCAACAACAGCUACACCUUGCCCCAUACAAGGACCUUAUGCCUUCAGUGACGUUACCAAACUGCCUCACACUGCUCUGCACAGCAGCCUGCCAGCGGACAUCUUGACAAAGUACUCUUGUGCUCCUUCCCAUGACUCCCAGUGUGACGAUUAUGAGAAUGUGUCAUGUGUGGACAGGGGGAGCGGCUUUGUGACCAAUGACAUCUACGAGACCUGCAGAGCUCAAAGCCGACGCAGCCGCAGCCAGACUGGAUGGGUGGAAAAUGAGAUCUAUGGAUAACACUGUUGAUGUCCAUCUGGUCUCAAGUGUCCAUUAGCCUCACAGGGAAUGAUGAAGGUUACCCAGCGAUACAGAGGGACAUGAAUUGUUCUCUGUCCCUUUCUUUUUGUAUCUACUAGUUACCUGUGUAGUGCAGGAUUACAGAACAUAUGGCUGUGUCUGCCUGGACUCACCUGUACAGGUUAUCAGAAUUUGGAUCUAUCUCCACUGCUGCAUCCAGAGUUGCAAUUCAGAGUCAUGCUGUUUUUUUGUCAACCAUGACUCUAUAUUUAGGACCAUAAAAAUAAGCAUAUAUUUUAAAAUCUUUUUAAUAAAUUUUAUUGGUAAUCAAAACACAUGUCUGUAGCCAUGCUAAUUUCACUGCGCUACGUGGAUCAGCAUGCUAACACGAUCAACGAUAGCAUGAUGAUGUUUGACACGCACAACGUUUCCAUGUUCACCAUCACCUUAUUGUACAUGUUAACAUUCGCAAAUUUAGCUGAUGGGAAUGUCACUAGGUUUUCAGAUUUAAAGCAAAGUAUUUCAAUGGAUGAAAAGUUACAGGAUCGCAAAAAUUAUUCUAAAGAAGGAAAGCAUGUGUGUACUAAAUUCCAUGGCAGCUCAUCCAAUAGUUGUUGAGACACUUAAACCGCAAAUGUCAACCUUAUGGUGGCACUAUAUCACUGAGAUAAAUCAUCUGGAAACUGUAAAGGUCUGCAUAAAAUUUUAUGCCAGCUCGUGUCAUAAAGGUUGAGAUAUUUCACAGGAUGAGUGAGAACUGGGUGGAGGCACAAGAGGGAAAGUGAGAGGCAUGCCAAGAUCAUGAGACUUCAUCCUCAGGGGAGCAUCCUUACCUGUACACGCUUUCAAGGCAGUCCGUGCUGUAGCUGUAGAGAUGCUUCAGUCUGAAGUGGUGGAUCAUCUGCAGUUACUAUGGCUAAAAAUGUGAAAGUAUUUCAUGUUAACUGAAUAAAUGUUGACAGAUAUGGAAACUCAUCCAAAUAUCAGUCAGAGAUGGAAAUCAACCAUGAUCCCAUCUGCAUGUCGAGUGAUCCGGCACAAAAUCUGGUUAUAAAUACAGUUGUUAUUUUUGAACUGUAAGCACAUUCAUUUUUAUUCUACCCUUUGUACAAUUUAAAUCAUCAUCUCUGACAAAUUAUGCAUUUUCACUGCAGCACUAAGGCUUUGGUUUUAAAUGAGGCAUUAAUGAAAUCAAAUAAGUGUUGCCAGUGGGGUGGCGCUGCAGUGCUGCUUAGUGUGACACGGUAAAUUACAUAUCCGACCCUGAGAACACUGUAAGUGCAAAUUUUGACUCACGCAUGGUUACUCAUUUUGUAAACAAUCCCAGAUUAAACUGCUCAGCCAUUUUCCAGUGGCAUCAGCAGGUAUUGUGAGACACAAGGUCAAAAAGAAGCCGUUGGCUCUCUGCAGAGGUGCAGUUGUCCAAUUCAGGGACUAUUUUGACCUUUUCUUCUAAACUUGAAGAGUGAUGUCAUCCCAGUUUAAGGCUUCCUGUUUGGACUCUGAUGUCAGGGAAAGGGACAGUGCAUGCGGAAACACUGAUGAUAGAAGUCUGCUGACCAGAGUAAACCUCAAAGCCGUGCGCUUUCCUGACUCCACCUGAUUGUGUGAGAAACUCGACCCUCCCACUGAUGUGUCAGCACAGAGACUGUUUAGCAGUGAGCAGUUUAGAAUAUGCCAUCAGAAGAGGCUCCUAAAAGCAUAUACGCCUUUAUUUGAAUAGUGUGAAGUCACCAUGGAUUACUGAACACAAAUGCUUGUGUUAUUUCCGAGUAUGAGUGGGUUGUUGGGUCGGUGUCUCGGAAAGAUGUAGCAAGCCCAGUAAGGAGAGGCUGAGUGUGUUCUUGGAGAAUGUUAGGCAGGAAAUGCCUAAAGCACAUCUGGAACUCUUACAUUCAGGAAGUCUAUGCGUGACAGCAGAGGCCCUCAGAGCACUGCUGUGCUGUGCUCUGCUCGGCUUAGCAAUCCUACUGUUCUCUGUUUCAACUGUCACUGCACAGCAUGAAGAGAAACCACUGCUGGGCGUGGAUGUGUGUGAGCUGUAUCUCAGCAAUGUUCAGAUAGUUGUUUAAAAGAUAUUGUGGUUGCUUGUUUGACAAUAAUAGCCUGUGGGUGUAUUCAGAUGUGUUUUGUAUGCAGGGGGAAUGCCUGUGUGGCAUUAUUAGACAUGUGUGAAUGUAAUUAUUUAACUAUUAACAAUGCUGCACUGGGAAGAAAA